AUGAAUGUACCGGAGAUGAUGGAUAAGCCGCAUAUUCCGCCCAUUGGGCAUCCUCCUGUCUUUCAGGAGCUUGGGGGCAAUGGAAAGCGAUGCUUAUGGGUGGUUACGAUCCUAAUGCUUGUUUCAUCUCUGAUCUUCUAUAUCCUAGGCGCCAGAGUAGUAGUGCAAAAACGACUUUUCCAUGUCCUCACAUCACUCAUAACGACCAUCUCCUUCCUCGCCUAUUUUGCCAUGGCUACCGGAGAGGGAAUUGGCUAUAACCUCGUUACCAUCCGUCAUCACCACGACAAGGCACCUGACACCGUGGAACAGGUUUUCCGCCAGGUCUUCUGGGUCCGUUGGCUUAACUGGGGUCUCUCGUUUUCCCUCAUCCUCGUCAACUUGGCCCUGCUCGCGGGAUUAAACGGAGCUAGUCUUCUCAUUUCCGUUGCCGCCAAUAUCAUCAUGUUCGUCACCGGGCUGAUCAGCGUCUUUGGCGGACACGGAGGAACGAGAUGGGCCUGGUUUACGAUCUCGUGUUUGUCGUACCUCACCAUUUUGUAUCAUACAGGAUUCCACGGACGCAGGGCAACAUUGGCCAAGGACAACCAGACCAGGGCGUUCUACUCUUCGAUCGCGGGGUAUUUCCUCGUUCUUCUCCUGAUUUAUCCGAUCAUCUGGGCUGCUUCUUCCAACACACGCCGGAUGAGCGUUGAUGCCGAAAUCAUCAUCUAUGCCAUCCUUGACGUCUUGUCCCAGGGCGUAUUCGGGUACUGGCUCCUCGUUUCCCACGAUAGCAUGCAAUCCAUUACCCUCAACAUCGAUGGAUUCUGGUCCAACGGAAUUGGCAACGAAGGAGCCAUUAGAGUUGGUGAUAACGAAGGAGCGUAG